UAAUAAAUGUGGGCUUAUCAUAAAAGAGCAGUGCAGAAUCGCUUCCAUUGUUCAGCAUAUUAAUUUUUUUCAGCUUAUUCAGAUCGGUGAGGAUUAUCAAGAGGAGAAGCUAUCUGUGUGAUGUUCACGGGCAGCUAGUAUCGCAUAUGUUCACACUAGUAAAGGAGGGUAUCAUUUACUCCAGCAAAUUUGGAUCAUUUCCAUCAAUUGCUUUAGUGCAUCUUACUUAUUCCCUAUCAAUGUGCACCAAAUUCAUGACUCACUUUUACCGUCGGAAGUUGAGUGAAAUCAGGUUGGUGGUUCAAAAGAUGUGAUUGUUCUUGAACCUAAGCUUCUUGCAAAGAGCACGAAAAGAUUGUUUUCAAACAGAAACUAAUCCACCAUCUUUUUAUCUGUCCAUCUAUCAAGCGGUAACCUACUUCCUAUGCACAUUAUAAGAACCGGUCCAUGUGUAGAACUUCAUUCUAUGUUAUUCCAGAAUGGAAGCCCAUGGUCUCUCGUUGGCACAUUAUCUCCCAGAUGUACAUAUGGGAUGGUUGACCUCUAUUUGUGUCAUUGUGUCGUGGAUCAUUAUCCACAGAUGGAACCAGAGGAAUAAAAAUGGCCCGAAGACGUGGCCACUGGUAGGGGCAGCGAUCGAGCAGUUCAUGAAUUACGAGCGGAUGCAUGAUUGGCUAGUUGAGUACUUGUCCAAGAUGAGGACCGUUGUGGUCCCUAUGCCAUUUACAACCUAUACCUACAUUGCAGAUCCGGAAAAUGUAGAACAUGUCUUGAAGACCAACUUUGCAAAUUAUCCAAAGGGGGAAGUUUAUCAUUCAUACAUGGAAGUUCUGCUCGGAGACGGGAUAUUUAAUGUGGAUGGUGAAUCUUGGAGGAAGCAAAGGAAGACCGCGAGUUUCGAAUUCGCUUCCAAGAAUUUGAGGGAUUUUAGCACUGUGGUCUUCAGAGAAUAUAGUCUGAAGCUUUCUUCUAUCCUAAGUCAAGCUUCAUUCUGCAACAAAGAGGUGGACAUGCAGGAACUGUUGAUGAGGAUGACUUUGGACUCCAUAUGCAAAGUGGGAUUCGGUGUUGAAAUAGGAACUUUGGCUCCGGAUUUACCAGAUAACUGCUUCGCUCAAUCUUUUGAUGCAGCAAACAUAAUUGUGACCUUUCGAUUCAUCGACCCCCUCUGGAGGAUCAAGAAAUUUCUGAAUGUAGGGUCUGAAGCUCUUCUUGACAAAGCCAUCAAAGUGAUAGAUGAUUUCACCUACUGUGUCAUUAGAAAGCGGAAAGCCGAGGUAGAAGCAGCUUGCAAGUCCCGUGAAGAUGCAAAGAUGAAGCAUGAUAUACUGUCAAGAUUCAUCGAGCUAGGUAAUGAUCUGGAGAGCAAUUUAACUGACAAAAGCCUCAGAGACAUCAUGCUGAACUUUGUGAUUGCGGGGCGUGACACGACAGCAACCACCCUUUCAUGGUCUAUUUACAUGAUAAUGACCCAUCAAAAUAUUGCCCAAAAGAUCUAUUCAGAACUUGAAACUUUGGAGAGAGAUCAAGCGAGGGAAGAGCAGGUCUCACUGCUUCCUUACAAUGUGGAUGACCUUAAAUCAUUCAAUCAGAGAGUGUCGCAAUUCGCAAAACUAUUGACAUAUGAUGCCCUUGGAAAGUUGCACUACCUACAUGCUGUGAUCACGGAAACGCUGCGCAUGUAUCCAGCAGUACCUCAGGAUCCGAAGGGUGUGUUGAAGGACGACAUAUUGCCUGAUGGGACGAAAGUGAAAGCAGGAGGGAUGGUGACGUAUGUACCAUACUCCAUGGGAAGAAUGGAGUACAAUUGGGGUCCCGACGCCGCUUUGUUCAAGCCCGAGAGGUGGCUGAAGGAGGGUUUCUUUCAAAAUGCUUCCCCGUUCAAGUUCACCGCAUUUCAGGCAGGGCCGAGGAUAUGCCUAGGGAAGGACUCAGCAUAUCUGCAGAUGAAGAUGGCACUGGCCAUUCUGUGCCGGUUUUACGAGUUCAAGCUGGUGCCGAACCACCCGGUGGAGUACAGGAUGAUGACCAUUCUAUCGAUGAAGCAUGGCCUGAGGCUGACAAUAGCAAGACGCCCUUGAACCAUAACCACAUUUCUCAGUUUUCACCGGCUUCUGUUGCAUUAGCUUAGUUCCAAGAGCCUAAGAUGCUGUCACAAUCUACAUCUAUUAUGGUACUUUAGUCAACUCCAUGGACAAUGUUUCUGCAGGACAAGUGAUUUGUGGCACCGAAGAGGGAUAAUAUAGAGUCCUCAAUCAUUUCAAUC